CGCAAGGGCUGAUAAGAAAUACUGCACGAGGAAAUGAAUAAAACCGUGUCGCACGUAACGACGCUCGACGAGCUGCACCACACUUUCUCCGAUCACGACGAUAACAGAAUGCUGGCAGUACCACGUGACGUGUAUGUAGAAUUUUCUGAUUGGUUGUUCCAAUGGAAAAACCCUAAGCACCGAUCUCUGUGAGUGGCUGUGGUAAAUUGAAAGAGGGUUAAACGGGACGCCCUCUUCCCCAGCUUGACCACUUUUGUCGCCCAUUCGUGCAUGCACACGAGCCAAAUAGACUGCGAAUUACCAAAGAGACUUCUUCAGAGACUUUUCUUGCGAAUAUAUAAACCGGUUCCAAGUAUCAUUACAUCGCAAGAGUAGAGAUACUUUACGGGAGGUCGAAUAUUUGCAUUAAUGCAAAUACACAAACGCAAGGAUUCGAAGUAUGAGUCUUAUGGAAAACUCAAAUACGCAGGUUGGCCUAGAUGAUCAGCUGCAACGUUUCAUCGAGGCCGAGACGAAGAAGCAACAAUUCCAGGGAUUAGUACAUGAAUUAACGGGUCUCUGCUGGGAGAUUUGCAUGGAUAAACCAUCGCUACGCCUGGAGCCUAAAGUUCAUAAGUGUUUUGUGAAUUGCGUAGAGAGAUUCAUUGACACUACUAAUUACAUCACAAACCGAAUAGAACGCGUUGCCAGUGCGAAUAUACACUCCAAGUCAGAUAACAUGGAGUGAACGUAUUGUUCCAUGGAUUAUGUUGUCACGCGCACAAAUCUUAAAAACUCUGUAAUUUGCACGUGUGUAUUGGAUAUCUUCAUAAAUAGACAUGUUUUCAAGCAUUCGGGGAUUCUUGAGUCGCCACAGGCGUAAGUUUAUAUUUGGGGGUGUUGUCAUCAGUAGCGUAAUUUUCUUGACGCGCUACACACAGCGUAAGCUGCGCGAGUGGCAAGAAAAUGAAAUAAGGAUGCUGAUGGAGAGCACGAAGAAACGACAGUACUACGAGAGCACAGAGCGGGCAUGUAACAAAAUGAUAUCGUCUCUUGCGGUGACCUUGAGAAACUCUGUGGUUAAAGAAAAUGAUACGGAGGUCAUUGUAAAUCAGCUUAGAGAUGGCUCUGCCAACAAGAUAACGUCCUGGGGCGAAUUGAAGGUGUUGGCAAUCACUCGAUCGGCCGUAAUAAUUUACUCUUAUACCAUGUUAGUUACAUUUCUUAGAAUUCAGCUCAAUUUGCUUAGCGGACAUAUAUACAAAGGUGUGCAGAAUAUGGACAAUGAGACUAUUAACGAUGAAAUACAAAAGAGAUACAUGGCUCUUUCUAGUUAUUUUAUACAUAAAGGCAUUCAAGAAUUGAGCUGUUUCAUAAAAAGUAAAGUUGUUGAAGUCACAGCUUCACUGUCUCUGACCGAGCGAUUGACGUUGAGAGAUUUAGAACAAAUUUAUUGGGCGAUUACAUCUUCCGUGUCUGCCGAUGGCUCAAGAGAUCCUGUAAAAAAUUUCAGUUACUACACAUUGCAAGACGACGUCGAAGACAUUGAUACGUCGGCCUAUUCGAAGCUAAAAAAUCUGAUGCUAGAUGUAUCGGAGAGUGAAGAAGUUCAGGAUUUAAUGCAGAAAAAUAUCAGAAGUGGAUUUGUUUUAUUAAUGGAUCAUAUAUCCGUAUACUUCAGCGAACCUCCUAAAAUUAAUUAUAUACAGAAUAUUGCGUCGACUUCAAAAGAAUCAAACAUUGAAAAUUCAAUUUUAAUGAGAGGCGAAGUCACAAGUGAUUCGAGUGGAUUUGUAGAUGUUAACAAAACCACCAUGGCCCUGGCGAAAAUUAUUCCUAUUUUGAACGGCCAGGUUCCGGAUAAUCCAACGUCGAAUAGCAACGACAUAGCAGCGGAUUGGCUUCAACGUCUAAUGUUAAAUAAUGACCUUAAAAUGCUCGGGGCGAAUCUUUAUGAAGCGGUUAGCUAAAGUUAAUUGCGAGUUAAUAUUUUUGUUUUAAUUUUUUGGGAAAAUUACUGAUGUGCAACUGGAAUAAUAAUUCUUUGCAGUAAUGAUAUAAUUUCACUUUAUUUUCAAAUAGAUUUAUUUAUAUGGUACAGGGUAUUUUGCAUAGCUGGAAUUUUAUUGUGUGUGUAUAUAUAUAUAUUUUUUUUUCAGAUUAAAAAUGGUUGACAACUU